AUGGCGACGCAAAAUGCUAACGAUACGAAUGCGAAUAAAAGUCUACCACCGCCGACGAGGCCUAAGAAGCCAUUCCCGAGGCCACGACCUCACUUUAAAUCUAAGGAGUUCCCACAGCCACAAAAACCAUCCACAGUACAAACACCAUUAACUAAUGAUCCUUUAUGGCUUGAUUCCUUUGUACGUGAAGGUGAUAACGGUCUCACCGCUACUGGAGCAGAUCAAGAGACUCCAGCUGAUGCCGCCGGCUACGUAGAGCUUGUAGAGCAGGAGUACGACGCAAUAGCUUCGUGUGACAAGUAUUUUGCUAAAACGGUGCCCCUUUCAGCCUUUGCAUAUUACCAUCACAUAGUAUGGUGGUAUAAGAUCGCCUUAAUGGCAGCCAAGCAUGGCAAGGCUUCACACGACCAGUUACAGCUAAUUCAAUUGGUCGAAGGAUACGACACCGUCAUUGGGGCAGGAGCCGCAACAUAUCUCUCCGGACUUGGAGAUUUUACCGACGUGAACGGAGGUAAGCACAGAAUCGUCGCGUCAGAGCCAAACCGCGAUGGCCAUUUUGGAGUUUUAGACCACACCACCCAUGGUGCAUAUGAGACCAAGAUCGCACCACUCGUCUCCGUGCAUACUGUGUUUGCUGAUAUAAGAGCAACACUUCAACGUCGUGAACAGUGCGACUGGUGGAUAGAUGACAUCGACGUCGAGUUACCAGAACAACGACGACCACCACGACAAGUCCCGGCCCCCCCUGCGCAGCAGCGCCCCGCACGCGUCUUGAGACCGCGUCGCAGAGAGGUUUCACCUCUCCCAGAACCUAUGGGAGUUGGAACGCCCCCACCACCGGAAGAAGUCGACACGCCAAACGCUCGUGAUGAAGAAGAUGAAGAGCCACAGUGGCGCGCCACCCAAAACCUACUCGGAUGGAGACUCGGCAGACCCCUGACGAAGACACAAAGUCAACAUCUUCUUGAAACAUUAAGUACCACA